UUUCACUCCAAGGUUUGCCACACAUGCCCAUGGAGGGUCAAUUUGAGAGAGACAAAAUUGGUACGGAUGGAGAAUCUUGGGAACUGUCGACUCUAUACAUGAUCUCAGCCUAUGACAUCAACAUCACCAACAGCACCAACUCGACUCCAGUGGAGGAGAUCUUAUACUCUCCGUAUUACCAGCACUCGCUAGGCAUGGCGGCAGUGUUCAUCCUGGCCUACCUCUUCAUCUUCCUGCUCUGCAUGAUAGGAAAUGGCGUGGUAUGUCUCAUAGUCCUGAGGAACCGCCGCAUGUGGACGGUCACUAACGUCUUCAUCCUCAACCUUUCCAUCAGUGAUCUGCUUGUGGGUAUCUUCUGCAUACCCACAACCUUAGUGGACAACCUCAUCACAGGUUGGCCCUUCAGUAAUAUGAUAUGCAAACUGAGCGGCCUGGUGCAAGGAAUGUCUGUCUGUGCCUCAGUCUUCACGCUCGUUGCCAUUGCGGUGGACAGGUUCCGUUGCAUUGUUUACCCUUUUAAGCCCAAACUUACACUGUUUGUUGCUAAGGCAACCAUUGGAAUGAUAUGGCUCCUGGCUCUGGUCAUCAUGUUCCCCUCAGCCCUCAUGUUGACGGUAGAGCAAGAGCGAGGCCACUUCACGGUUUAUAACAACAACUACAACCUGACCUACUUGCUUUACUCUUGCUACGAGAGCUGGCCGGAGCCACAAAUGCGGAAGGUGUACACAAUGGUCCUUUUUGCCCACAUAUACCUGGUUCCCCUCAUUCUCAUCAUCCUUAUGUACGGCCGCAUUGGAGCCAAACUUUACUCCACCACUGUGCUGGUCAACAUCGACCAAUCUAAUGGUGUCCCUCAAGGAAAAUCCCCUGUAUCGCAGAGGAAGAUUAAAGUGAUCAAGAUGUUGAUUGUCGUGGCCCUGCUUUUCAUGCUAUCUUGGCUGCCCCUGUGGACUCUUAUGCUGUUGACUGAUUAUGCACAACUUGAAGGAGAGCAGCUGGAGCUCCUGACGGGCUACAUUUUCCCCUUCUCCCACUGGCUGGCCUUCGCCAACUCAAGCGUCAAUCCCAUUAUCUACGGGUACUUCAACGAGAACUUCAAGAGAGGAUUUCAGGCCGCCUGUCAGCAGACGUCCUGCUGCAGCAAAAGGAGGUUUCGUUUCAGAAAGUCUAAAAGAGGCACUAAGGCUUGUGCACACCUGGAUAGAGCCCUUAACUCAAUCCCCCUAAGCAUGGGUUUGAGGAACAGAGUCUACACAGACAGUGACUUAACAGGUUGCGUUCGCCUUGAGAUGGAGCACAGGAGGGUGUCUAUGGAGAUGAGAAGCUCAGGCGCUGAAGGGGGAAAUGGUGGAAUGUUAAUCAAAAGGGAGCUUCUGGAAAACAUCGAGAGGGUUUCUCCAACAGGAGCUACUGUUUAUCAAGCGUGGGAACUUUGAAUUGGCAUCAUACGUCAAGGUGCAUUUUUUCCCCCCGAUUUUCUUUUUUUAGUUUAGUCGUCUCCAAUUUCACCCAUUACUUAGGACCCCCUCUAUCAAACAAUACUAUCAAUGUUAGGAGGGUGAAGACCAGCACAGGCUUCCUCUGAGACCUGUGAAGCCAGCAACCGCAUCUUUUUGAACUGCCACUCACGCAACGUCAUUGGACAGCCGAAUGCACUCGGAGGAAAGUGCCAACCGGCAGAUCUGUUACGUCAGCUAACAGACGCCUGCGCUGACUAGCAUCGCGUUGGGUGAUGGGGGCAGAAGAGGGGGGGCAUCCUACCCACCCAGAGAGAGCAAGGCCAUUUGUGCUCUCUUAGACUCCCAG